AUGCCGAACCGGCACUGCGCGGGAGCAAAGCUCAGCCCGCGCUGCCGGCCGGGCGCGCAGCAGCCACGGGUGCGGCGGGGGCGCGCAGGAACGCGGAGCCGCAGCGGGCGCCAGGCGGACAAGCCGCAGGGGUUUCACACAGGCGGGCUCCCGUUGGGGGGAAGGGGCCCGGGGCGCGCCCGCAGGGAGGCCCCGCCGCCCCGCAGCACAGGCCAGGCCAGCCCGAGCGCCCCGCGGCCGGCUAGCGGCCUCACCCAGCGCCCCACCGCCCGCGGGCCGGAGCCCGGGCCCCUGGCAGCACCCGGCCGGCACCGCGGCGGAGAGCUCGCUGGCAGGCAACGAGUGGCCGAGGGAGGCCCCGGCCGCCCGCAGCUCCGCGGCGGGCCGGCGCCAGGGCUGGCGGGACGAGCCUGGCCCGGCCGGCUCCGGGAGAAAAGGGCAAACCCGGCACUGACCUGCCGGGGCCUGAAGCGGCCACCCCGGCCAGGCCGCAGCGCCGGUCCUCAUGGAGCGAGGGAUAAAGCCGGCGCUCCUAGAGCCAUGCCGGCCGGGCAGGCGGGCCCGAGGCGCCCGAGCUACCGCCUGGCGAGGCAGAGGCGGCCCGCCAUGCCGGCCGGGCGCCGCGGCGCCGUUUACGACAGCUCCCGGCAUGCCGCGGCGCCUACAACUCCCAGCCUGCCCAGCCCCGCCGCCGUUAACCCUCUGCAGCGCCGAGGCGCCUCCGCAGCCGCCGGCCCCUCGCCACCCGGCCGGCCCCCCCCGCCCGCCGCCACCGCUUCCUCGCGGCGGGCCCGCACUGCCAGCCCGCCCGGGACCCCGGCCCGGCGCUCCGCGGCCCGUGGGGAAGGGCCGCCCCCGCCCGGCCCGUCGGCGGGGCUCGCUCGGAGCGGAGCGGCCCGGGCCCGGCCCGCUGCGGCCGCCCUGGCAGGUCCCUGUCCUCCUGCAGCGUGGCUGCUGGUCCCAGCUGCUCCUGUCUGUGACUGGCGGCGGUGGCAUUAA